UCAGGCAUUUUUAAACAUUAAGGAAAAUUGUUCAAAGAUAUGAAUUAGUCAUACAUCUACAGCAGUAUAACACUUGUUAGUCCCUAAGCCACCGAACCAACUAGACUGUUUUUUCAGUCUUGAAUCAACACGUGGCUUCUGCUGUUUUUCUUACUGUGUUAUCUUAUUUUGGGCAAGGCACCCUCACUUACUCUGCUCUUUAAUUUUUCCUGCUGCUUUACAGGAAAUAAUAGGGAAGUAAUGGAUGUUAUGAAGUUCUUGGCGUAUUUCAGAGGCUCUUUGCGCAUUGCAGAGAAGGCUCUUUCAUCAUAUAUGAGGUUUUUUCUUUUUUCCCCCCACUGUUGAUAGCUCUGGAAUGAUUAGCAUCUAGGCCCUGACCAGCUGUGUGUACUAGAUUUAAACAUGUGUACCUUUGUUCAUUUUAGGGAAGAGGUGAUGGACCAACAUUAAUCACGGUUUUUUUCUUUACUCAACCUGGAACAUAGAAGUGGGCGGGAAAGAAUAAGCAAGAAAUGUGUUGGUUAUUUUUAGAUUCUUUAUAAGAAUGAUGGAGGGAAGCAGUGGUUGGGGCGGGUUUGAAAAAGAGAGAGGAAGGUUGGCAUAUAUGAAAUAAAGUUAUUCUUGGGUGACUUCUCUAAGGUAGUUGGAUAAUAGUCUAAAGAAGGACCCUGCUGCUUUCCUGUAAGUCAAAUUGGUGAAAAGUAAUUUUCUCUGUAAAUGCUGAUUGAGUGUGAUAAGAUUCUUUGUUGUUGGGAAGUUGUAUUUUGGUUGCUCUAUUUAGAGAGUACAUAACAGUGCUUUUAUGUUUCAGGAUGUCACUGGAAUCAUCCUCCUCUUCGAUGCCGCUAUCCUUUCCUUCUCCCUUGCCCUCGGUACCAGACGGUAUUACUAACUCUUCCCCUCCGCCAAUGUCUUACAUCACUUCCCAGGAGAUGAAGUGUAUUCUUCACUGGUUUGCCAGUUGGUCAGGCCCCCAGCGUGAACGUUUCCUACAGGACCUGGUAGCUAAGGCAGUGCCAGGAAAACUACAGCCACUGCUGGAAGGUCUGGAGCAGCUUAGUGUGUCUGGAGCAAACCGACCACCUUGUAUCUUUGAGUGCCAGCUGCGUCUUUGGGAUCAGUGGUUUCGAGGUUGGGCUGAGCAGGAGCGCAAUGAAUUUGUCAGGCAGCUGGAGGUCAGUGAGCCAGACUUCGUGGCAAAGUUUUACCAAGCAGUGGCUGCUACAGCUGGUAAAGACUGAUAGGCAUUAAAAUCAAAGAAGAUAACCAUAGCUGGCGGAGCGGAGGCCACAGCUUUACAGUGAGAACUUCAAAUGUGUCACUUAAAGGUCUGGGGAUGGUAUCCCGAUCAGCUGACUGAACUCACUGACCAGUACCAGGCCUGGUUAUUUCAAUGUUAACAGCAUAUCAACUGGACUUCUAGUGUAAAUGUUUUUCAUCUAAGCAAAUCGAGAUCAGCAGUCUGCCUCCUAGCUUGCUUCUUUCCAAGCGAUGUCAAACCCUCAAGAAUUUAAUGGCUUCUUUUGUAAUUGUAACCAAAAGGAACCUACACAUGAUAACUCAAGCCUACUGCUGAACCCAUGGGGGUGUAAAGGAAAACCCUCCUCCUCCAGAAACAGGAGAGAAGAGUAAUAAAAAGCUGUGUUUUUAUAGUUUAGCUGGAUUCAGAUUGCUGGUUUCACCACCCUUACCAGAUUCUGACUUAAUUAUGUGACAUUCAAACCACUAGCUUUCCUAGUGAUGAUUCAGUAAAAUUAUGGAAAAAUCAGGAGAGGGAGAUAAUUGGUUACUCCACACUUUCUCCAUACUGAUGUUUGUUUGAAUCCAAAUAGCAACGACUUUUUUCUAAAGCAUAUACAAUGUCUUUGGAGCUGGUAGCAGAUGUUCCUAUUCUGUAAGUUUGCUCUACAACAACAUGAAAACAAGUGACACUCUUUACAGGUUAAAGGGUUUAUUUUUUGUAUCAAAAUAAAGAAUGAAUCUUCAAAACCA